ACCAUCUGUCUACCUAUUUCUUUUUCUAUAUGUGUAUGGAAUGUAAAAUGUAUCUCUCUUUCUCCCUCAAACAAACAACCGCUUGAUAAAACAUAUAUACCCACUUUUUCUCUAACCUCACAAGCUUCCAAACAAAGAGAAUUUUGAAAGAAAGUGAGAUUCGAAAUUAGGGUUUAUUCCAUACCUCGAUCUGUUGACAUCUUAUUAUUGUCAUUCAUAUAUUAAACAGAUCCAUGUAUUAAAGUUCCCGGUCAAUGGGUAUAGCUUUGCCUCUUAAUUCUUCUUCUUCUUCUUGUAGCUUAAUCUCUGGUAUUCUCGAAACAUGUUGUUGCUACUGCUAAGAACAAACCUUUGCCCAAUUUCAAGCCAUGAAAGCAUUCAUGGAUGAGCUCAACAAGUUGGAAACAAGUUGUAGUGUCAGUUACAAACUUACAAGUUGCGAAAACAAGAGAGGUCGUAGGAUUAAUACUAUUAGAGCAAUAUGACCAUGUUUCCUCCGACAGCAACGUCUACAACUCAUCAUCAUCAGAAUUUUAGUAGUUAUACAGGUGAAAACAGAUGCUACGUUAAUGCUAACAGUACUUCUAGUUAUGGUGUUUAUUUAAAUCAGAGUAUUUUCGGCGCUCAUAGUCUCCUUGAAGAGGAGGUACAAGGGGAAGAAGGAUACGAUAAUUUUUGUUCAAAAAUAAUUAGUGGUGAUCCUCAUCAAACAGCUUAUUUAGUGGGAUCUGCGUAUAGUGAUCAAGUCAUGGGUGAAGAAGACGAAUCGAAAACCGAGACAGCGGAAAUGAGUAAAACGAAUGAUCGUCACGGUGAAGAAGCCGCGGGGUCGAGCUCCAAGGAUUUGAUUAAAGAUAUUAAUCCUCUCGAAGAUGAACAAGGAGGAGGAGGGUGGCUUCAGUUGAGUAUUGGGAGUCACAGGGAGCCGACGACCGGGAGUAGUAGUGAUUAUCAGUAUCACGAUGACGACAACAAACUUGUUCAGACGAGGGGAGUAGAGCUUGAUUUACUUGCUAAUUCUUCUUCUAUGGUUAACACUGAGGCUAAAACUAGUAAUUUUACACAAGAAUCCGCGGUUCUGAUGAAUAGGUCGUCAGCUGCAGCAGCAGCGUCUUCGUCUACUCAACAACAGCAACAGCAACAACAACAACAGUAUUACUAUUCUCCGGUGUUACCGCCCCGCCCGAAUAAUUUAUUCUUGCAACACUACUACCCUCCUCCGACGACCACGUCACCUCAUUACCCUUUUAAUCCUAAUUAUCAUAACCAACAAGAUGUAGGUACUUAUCAAGAGUACAACACUAAUCAUCAGUACUGGCCGGCUUUUAGGUCAUCAUCUUCGUCUUCGUCUUCUUUGUUGCCUCCAGGGGCUUCGUAUUUGUCUCGGUUACCCUUUCAGCUCCACGGUACAGCCGCGGCUAGUGGAGGAGAUUUUGCUCAUCACCUGCCACGGUUCGAUUUCAGAGUCGUGGAUCCUCCCAGAAGGCCUCAUUCCGGUAUUUGGUUUACGCUACAAGCUUCUCACAUUCAAGCCAAAGAACCAUUUUUGCCGCAGAUACCUAAGAGCUACUUAAGAAUCAAGGACAGACAGAUGACGAUUCGACUGAUAAUAAAGUAUCUGGUUAAUAAGCUGAGACUGGACAGCGAGGCCGAGAUAGAGAUAAGAUGCAAAGGGCAGCAGCUAAUGCCAUAUUUGACGUUGCAGCACGUAAGAGACAGCAUCUGGAAUCCCAGGGACUCCUCUUCCUUUUCUUCUUCUGAUCAACUUCAGCAUCAUCUUAUGGUCCUUCACUAUGGUCGGACCUCUGCUUAAUUAUUAAUUUCCUCUCUCUCUCUCUCUCUCUCUGGGGAAGCUCUGCCUGCUUCAAAAGAGAUCAAAUAUUCCCCAGUAUUUGAGAGACCAAACUUGUAUCACUAUAUAAUCUUAACAUUAUUACAUUCUACUCUUGCUUUUUCGUGCA